AUGGAGGACCUCCCCACCGAGCUCAAUGUCAUCACCCUCAACUGCUGGGGCCUCUUACACCUGAGCGAGCACCGCGCCGAGCGUCUAACCGCCAUCGGCCGCGAGCUCGCCUCCGCGGACCCCCCGCCUCACAUCGUCGCUUUGCAAGAAUGCUGGACGCAAGAAGACUACCGCAGCAUCCGGCGCGAGACGCGUUUCGUGCUGCCCUUCGGCAAGUUCUACUACAGCGGUGUUUUUGGCGGCGGUCUGGCUAUCCUGUCGAGAUGGCCUAUCGAGGAGAGCACCAUGUUUCGGUAUCCGCUGAACGGUAGGCCUACGGCCUUCUUCCGCGGUGACUGGUUUGUUGGUAAGGGCGUUGCGUGCGCUCGUAUCCGGUACGGCCCUGGUGACCGCGAUGUCGUUGAGGUUUUUAAUACGCAUACUCAUGCUAUAUACGAGCACCCGCCCGAUAAGACGGACAGCUAUCUAGUCCACCGACUCGCUCAGUCCUGGGAGAUGGCUAAGCUCGUCCGUGGCGCCGCCGAGCGCGGACACUUGGCCCUCGCGCUAGGUGACUUUAAUGAUGUACCGCUGUCGUUGUCAUAUCGCAUGUUAACGGCACAUGCCCCUAUCAAGGACGCCUGGAGAGUGCUGAACCCAAACUCGUCUCUUGGCUCGGCUGUUCACGAGUUGGAGCGCGCGCGUCGGCAACCGAUUCCUUCUGCCCAGUAUAACAUCGUCGAGAACGGUGUUACGAGUAACAGCGCUUAUAAUACGUGGAGAUGGUCCAAAUCCGAACAACGUGCCCUGCACUCAGGGAAACGGCCGAUAGUCAUUCCGCCAGAUGCACCUGAUCCGCGCGGCAAGCGUAUUGACUAUAUAUUCUUCUCUCCGCAGGUCUCAGUAACCCCUGGCUCCACCCCCGGAGCAACAGCGGCAGCAGCAGCAGCGCGAACAAGCCACGACACAAACGAAGCCAGCCGUACCAAAGGUUGGGUUGUCAAAGACGUCCGCGUCGGCAUGUUAGCGCGCCACCCCGACCUUGGCUGCUCUCUUAGCGACCACUUCUCCGUCGAAGCCACCCUCCUCCUCCACACAUCCACCUCUCCCAACCUCAUCCCUCCUCACUCCCCUUCUCGCCCUCCCUCUCCCAAGAAACCACCCCAGCAAACACAACUCCUCCGCCCAUCCUCAUCCUCCUCCGACCGAUCCAACAGCCACGACCACGCCGCCUCCCUCCUCGCCCUCGAACACGGCACUUAUCUCCAAUCCCCCACCGGCUCCGAAUACCGCGUCGGUUCCCGCCUCGACCUCCGCGCCUCCUUCGACGACCAACUCCGCGCUUCCCCCGCCUCCCCAUCCUCCGCCGCCCGCCGCGGCGACGGCCUCCCAUGUACCACGUACGACGAAGUCCUCGCCCUCAUCCGGACAUACUCCUCCCGCGAGCGCACGCAGCGCCGCUGGCGCAUGAUCCACUUCGCCAUAUGGACGUUCGUCGUAGUAGCCUGCUACGUCGCCGUAUGGUUCGUCGGGAACGUCCACCCCGGCGUAGCCUUCGCCUUCCUAGUCCUAAGCAGCGUCGGUUUCCUAGCCGGUGCCGUCGACGGACUUAUGGGCUUGCUCUUCUUCGGCGGGGAAAUACGGUCCUUGGCCGAGUUCGAGUGGGAGAUUAUGAAUGCUAAGGCUACGGCUAGUGGGGCCCAUGGGCUCGCGCAGCAGCAGCUUGAUGAUGAGGAUGAUACUAGAGGUACGAGUGCGGGGACUGGUGGGAAUGAGAAGGGUUGGUAA